AUGCCACUCCCACCACCCUCAUCCUCAUCCUCAUCCUCUUCAGCCUCAUCUUCUGCAGUCUACCAUCCACUCCAUCCACUCCAGGGCCACCACCACUCCCAAUCACCCAUACUCUCCACUGGCCAAUCGACUGACGAUCAGACUGAGAUGGGCUCGUUCCAACGUUUCAUCAAGUAUGGCGGCUGGAGAAGGAACUCGCUACUCGUCAUCCUCAUCAUCAUCACCUUCUCCUACUCGAUCAUCUUCAGGCUCAGGAACUCACCACCACCAUCCUCAUCAUCAAGCGAUCUGAUCAGUCUUGCCAACGACCCCAACUGUCGGCCCCCACCAGGACAUCCUAGCCAUCGAUAUGCGCUCAUGAUCGACGCCGGCUCGACGGGAUCCCGGAUACACGUCUAUCGCUUCUCAUACUGUCUCCCAGCCUCGAGCACUUCCAGCUCCUCCUCCGGCUCGAUCCUCCCGAAACUAGAGAACGAGUUAUUCUUCAAGACCCAGCCCGGGUUAUCGAGCUACGCCGGCCGGCCGAUCGAUGCCGCCGAGUCCCUCCGUCCGCUCCUCCAGGCCGCACUCGAUGGGGUCCCGCUCGAACAACGCUCUUGUACUCCCAUCUCCGUCAAGGCUACCGCUGGCCUCAGACUCCUCGGCGACUCUCAGAGUAAGGAAAUCUUGGACGAGGUCUCCCGCUGGCUCCGGGCCUCCUGGCCUUUUAAGUUAUCUCCCUCUGGGGCCGUAUCUAUCAUGGAUGGCGCUGAUGAAGGCGUCUAUGCUUGGGUUACGAUCAACUACCUCUUAAAAACGAUCGGACCGAUCCCAGCAGGACAGAAGAGAAAUACGACGGCAGCGGUAAUGGACUUGGGAGGGGCGUCGACCCAGAUAGUCUUUGAGCCAGAACGGACGAAACUAGAGUCCGGAGGGCACGUAUACGAGCUAGCGUUUGGGGGGAAGACGCAUGCAUUAUACCAGCACUCACAUCUGGGGUACGGACUGAUGGAAGCGAGACGGGCGGUGCACCAGAUGGUAGGCUAUUCGGAGCUGUGGCGCCGGAAGAUCGAAUGGAGCGAGCUCGCCAGUCUCGGCCCACUCGGCAACCCCUGUCUCCAGCCACACACCUCCCGCAAGGUCUCCCUCGUCCCAUCCGCCUCUCCCUCCUCCCCUGAAUCAACUCUCCCGCAGAUCGUCGAAUUCGUUGGCUCCGCAGGCGGAUUCGCGGCCUGUCGGAGAGUCGUCGAACUCGUCAUCGGCAAAGACGCCGUCUGUAAACUCAAACCUUGCGCCUUCGCUGGGGUCUAUCAACCGAGCUUUGCUGAGGCUUUUGCAGACGGUCCUAUCUAUGCAUUAUCAUAUUUUUACGAUCGAUUGAGCCCCUUGGGGAUCAAGGAGAGUUUCACGCUUUCGGAGCUUGAGCAGUUAAUCGAGCCGAUCUGUAGCCGGACGGUCUCGGAUGGGGGCCGAUUUGAGCGUGAGAUCGCGCGGCUCCGGACGGCUGCCCGGGCGAAGAAGGGGCCCUCGAACCUCAGCGACCUCGAUCUUCAGACCAUCCUCGCCGAGCUCGACGACCGUCCCGAAACGUGCUUGGACUUGUCGUUCAUCUAUGCUAUCCUCGAUCUGGGCUACCAGCUCGAUCAUCAUCGGCCCAUCAUCAUCAGCAAGAAAAUCACCGCCAUCGAACUCGGUUGGGCUUUGGGCGCUACGAUCGAUCUGCUCGAGAAAACCCCGUUCGACGAUUGUCCUAAGUCGUGA